CUGACAGCCCGUUAGCUGCCGCUGGUCACCGGCAAUGAUACAGCAAACACGAACUCGAUAAGACACUACGAAAUGGACUUAACGAACACUUUCCAUCACUACAAAGACGGCUAUUAUUUAGACAACGGUCUAAACUGACAAAAGAUUGUGUUUAUUAUUCGUGAAGUUCGUUUUUUUGCUUCGGGAAAAAGGAGGCUCGACGCCCGGGAGAGCAAUGGAUGCGACGGUUGGUUUCCUGCGACACACACCGGCCAGCUAAGAAGCAUCCACAUUCACUUUGAAGACCAGCUCAGUUCACCUUAGCUUUUCAGGACUGUGCUUAUUUAUUUCUUAUCAAGAUUGACACUAAAAGUAACCAUUAGAAGCGUUAGUAAUUUGCGCCAAGUUUCACAAGAGCGUGGCUAAUCCAGACCAGCUUUAAGCUAACCAACGGCUAGCUGAAUUUUGCAUUCUUUGUUUAUAUUAUUUGCUUCGGUGAAUUCGGUGUUUUCUGCCUCGAUGGAGUUUGAUUUAUACUCGUGCUAAGACGAGGGGCAGAGUUUGUAAGCUAUCGUUUCUGUCUUCGUUUGCUGAACUUGAUUUAAAGGACAUAUAUCAUCUGACUUCUCACUUAUGGCUCGUUAGUAUCGCGGUACUGCAGCUGACCUAGCUAGCUAGCCUCUGUUAGCUAGCAACUCAGCCACUUCUUGGCCUUUACUAACUCCUUGACGGGAAAAAUGCACCACCAGGACUUUUCUGGAGACCCUCCUGGGACUGGGAGCAGGAAAACAUCUUUUCACUACAGGAGAGGCAGCAGCGGCGCAUCUGCCACCUCUGCAGCCGCAGGAGGUGGGGUUAGCUCGGCUGACGACAGUGCAACCCAGGCUGGAUCCUCGUCUCCCGGACUCCACCACCAGCAGCAGUCCCAGGUGGCUGGCGCUCAGGUGAAGAAGAAGAGUGGCUUUCAGAUAACGAGUGUCACCUCGGCCCAGAUCAACGUGAGCGGCAACAACAGUUUAGCAGAUGACACUGAGAGCUAUGAUGACAUGGAUGAGUCCCACACUGAAGACCUCUCCUCCUCAGAUAUGCUGGAUGUUUCUGCCUCCAGGGCAACAGAUACAGGUGUGCCAGAGAGAAGCUCCUCUGAUGAGACCUUAAACAGUCUGCAUGGGGUUGACACACCUGGACUUGUGUCACCCAAUGAGCCUCUUCACCCUCAUUCCAUCCCUCAUGGGUCCCAGCAGCACACCUCCAUGGUAAAUGGGACCAUGCCUCAUCAUUAUUAUCCUCAGCAACACAGUCAGUCUCACCAUCAUCACUCUGAUAGCCUGGGAGGGGGUGAGCCAACGCUUCCAAUUGCACCUUUGGCUAGUUCAAGCCCAGCUAUGAAAAGUGGGCCUAGCCAGUCCCAGAGGCCACCUAUGCUGGAUAAACUUACAGGUGUGACAGCCCAACCUAUUGUUGGUGUCACAGCCACUGAUCCACAACUACAAGGUGGUGUGAACAUUUCGAAUAUGUCUGCUGCUGCUGUUCCUCCUUCUGGGCCUGCAGGUUUUGACAACACUAACGUGAGCGGGCAAGGUGGAGGAACAGGCCCGUCUGCUGCUGCUGCUGCUGCUCCAAACACUCAAACCCAGCCCACCCAAACUCAGACAGGCUCUCGUUUCAGGGUGGUCAAACUAGACACUAACUCUGAGCCGUUCCGCAAAGGACGAUGGACUUGUACAGAGUAUUAUGAAAAGGAGAUUCCUCAUCCAACGACAGCUGAAGCACCAAAAGGUGCAGAGGUGGCCGCAGAGACUGAGGCAGGUAAUGCUGGGAUUAAUCAGGGAAUACCUGCUGUGCAGCCACCUCACACGUUGCAGCCCUACCAGCCACCGAGCCAAGAUUUCACUAGUCCUCAAGCCAUGCAGAGUCCACCUCAAGGGAUGGCCCAAGCUGCUCCUUUGUCCUAUGUUUCACCCCAAGAGGUGGUUGCUGGAUCUCACAUGCAAAAACCAGUUGCUCCUCUACCUACGGCAGCACCACAGAGUGGUGUAAGUCAGCCUCCACCUGCAAUACCCCAGCAGCUGCCCUAUACAGUGGAUCCCCACCAGGCUCCACCCCAGGGGGGUUACCCUGCACCCCAGCUCCAUGCAGGAGUCAUACCCCCUGGAAGUGUCCGACAACCAGACUUUAUCCAGCCUACAGCCCCCUUCCAGACCCAAGUUCAGCCUCCUAUGCCGCAUGUUACAACGGGAAUCACCAUCGCUCCAGUUCCAGGGGUUACAGCCCAGCCAGCUGUUGGCAUCACCCAGCAGCUGCCUCAUCAGGCUCAGCUUGCCCCACCUGCACAAGGAACCUUCACAGGACAGCCACAAACCCUCCCAGCUCACCCACAAGUCCAGCCCUCCUCCACUGCCACAGUUCCAGUAGCACCCACCCAUGGUUCACCCUACAUGCCCCUAACAGCUGUCCUCCAGCCGCUCCUCACCCCUGGCGCAAGCUUCACCCAUGCUCCAGGAGGAGGGAGCUCGAUUAAAACCUCCCAGCUGGAGGAUGCUCAGAAGCUCCUGCUCCAGCAUCAAGGCCUGCUGGGUUUGCCCAGGCUGGGGGCGGCAGCAGCAGGUGGAGAGGGGGCUGUGGAGGCCGCUGUCGCUGCUGGGACUCUUGCCCAUAUGGGGAUGUCUGCUGAGGCCAGUGCUUUCAUGGUUGCUGCUGCAGCGGGACUCCGGAGUCAGCAUGCUGAAGGAGAGGAGGACAGCUCUUCUGGUGCAAGUGUGGUGGCCAUUGAUAACAAGAUUGAGCAAGCAAUGGACCUCGUGAAGAGCCACCUCAUGUAUGCUGUGCGCGAGGAGGUGGAGGUGCUCAAGGAGCAGAUCAAAGAGCUCAUCGAGCGCAACUCGCAGCUGGAGCAGGAGAACAACCUGCUCAAGACCCUGGCCAGCCCCGAGCAGAUGGCUCAGUUCCAGGCGCAGGUCCAGACCAGCGGCUCCCCGACUGGCAACGCCCAGUCUCAGCUGCCGCCUCCAAGCGGGACCACACAGGCGCUCCCAUCCUCACAGAGCUCCGGCACUGCGUAACAAUAUGGCUGCACAGAGGAGACCCUCCACCAUGAUGAUACGGAGGAUGGAAGGAGGAAAAAGAAGAGGAAGAGGAGGAAGGAGUCUUGCCAUACUGUGAACUGACUCUUAACAUCCAGACCGACUAUGCCACCGUCUUCGAGAAUCGCACACAACUCAACCGGACGACAAACUUUUCUUUUGUUGCACAUUUUUAUUUAACUGAAACACUUUGGAGUUGCACCGGAGUGCGUUUGUGUGUUCGCCGCUUUGUCUCCGACUUUUUUCUAACCUGCUUCAGACAAUCGUCGUGCUGAAGAGACAAGGAGUUAAAAGCUGACGGGAACUGAAAAUUGAGCCUUUCAUGGCCUGCUGUUGCUCAAGUUGGAGCUAACGUCCAAUCAAAGGUGUCGUCGGUGCUGUCCAAUCCCUCGCAGUGUGACCUGUGGAAAGUGUGCCAUCGUCUUGUUAAUCCCACCUCAACCCAGCACUCUCCAUCUCGCACUUUUCGACAAUAACACGACAGAGGACGAACUUUACAGUUCUGUACACCCAUCUGGAAUGGGUGGCUUUUUUGUUUUGCGGGUCUCCAAUCCUUAGAAUAUUCUGGGUUGAGGAAGAUGAGGUGUUAUAGAAAAUUAUGAGAUAUAUAUUCGCUUCUCCUCGUUGUUCACUUUAAGAACUCUUCUGGUUCACGUCCAUUCGCCGUCCCCACCCUGACGCACUCUCCCCCCUUUUCUUCGAUUAAACAUUUAUGCAGGGAAUCUUUCUUUUUUAUUUAGGGAGGGUUUGUUUUGUCUGUUUUUGCUCUUGAUGAUGUUAUAAUGUCCUAGUGAUGUGUACAAAUAUUUGAUGAAAGAGCGAUUAAGUAGGACAUGACUGUUUCUAGGUUUGUACAGAUUUCCAAUUAAACUCUGCCAAGUGCCUGGUUUCUAACCAUAGAUACAUAUAUAAGACUUUUUUAGUUCUUUUAUUCAAUAUGUGUGUAUAUAUUUAUAUAUAAAUAUAUAUAUAUCUAUGGUUUUGCCAGGUUUUGAACUACCUGUGAUGUCAUAACUCAGGGUGGGAACAGAAGAGGAUUAUUGACCUCCCCCACUAUGAUGCUGUCUCCCCCUGUGGUGACACACGGCUUCGUACUGUACGUGAACUCUCCUCUGCCGUCACUCAACACGCUCGCUCAAAUUACCUGGACUCUUUGACCAUUUUUGGGAUGUGUGUAGUUGUUUUUUUUAAUGAAUGGAUUUUUUUUUUGUUUUUCUUUGUCUUUAUUUUGUGUCUUUUUGUACAGCCAAGUGUUUUUUGGAGUUGCUCGUAGUGCAACUGGAGCGCUGAACACAAAAGCAAGACACUUGGCGGAUAAAAAUUUAAAAGGAAAAAGAAAGAAAAAGGAAAAUGCCCAGCACAAGUAUGUCAAUGUUUUGUGCAUGUUCCUAGCCCAUCACUAAUGUGACGUUACAAUUGCACUAGACAGUUGCACCUCAAAUAAAAAACGAAAAGAAAAAAAUAAA